AUGAAAUUCACUUGCCCAUAAAAGGAACAUUAAAUAAAAUUUUCAUCAGUUUGUGAUUAUCUCAAUCAUCUACAAAAAUGUCAUAUCAUAAAUGAAAGAAUUAAAACACAUGGUGAAACAAGAAAGUAUCAAUGUACAUUAAUUAGAUAGUGAAUAUUAUUUUUGCGCCUUUUGUUUAUAAGUAUUCGAAUUAUCAACAGAAAGAGAUUAUCACAUAUACAAUUGUAAAAAGGAGAACUUGACUUAAAUUUUUAAAGAUUCUAAUGUAAUUUAAAUCACUAUCAGAAAAGUCUUCAAUUCCAUUAGGAAGAACAGGAUAAGAUAAAAUAUAAGAAUUGAUCAAGAAUUACAAAAGCCAUUUUAUUAAUAACAAAACAUCAAAAAAAAUGAUAAUGAUGAAAGAAGAAGAUGAGGAUAUAUUUCAUUAAGAUGUAGUCAUUACUGCAGAUCCAAGACUUGGCAUUCCUAAAAUUGAAUUCAAUUAAAUUAAAGCUAGAAAUAUACCCAUAGUUGAUAAGAUAACAUUUAAUUUAUUAGGUGGACAUACUAAAAUGGAAGCGGCUUAUUUUAAAUUACAUAAUAAUUAUAAAUUAGAAUAAGUGAAUAGAGAUUUCUCAUUUAAAAUUAAAUAAGAUAAACUCAAACAAAUUUCAAUUACACAUAAUUUCUAAUUAACAAAAAAAGUAUUUGAAGAAACAAAAGUAUUAGAAUUUUGUGAAUCAAAACUAGAUAAGAAUCCUGAAAUUUAUUUAUAAAUCAUUUAAAAUAAAGGUGAAAAAUAAUUCUGGCUUUUAAUACCAGAAUCCUAAAAUCUUGUUAAAGAUUUUUAUUUUGAUGAACCUUGGUGUAUUUUCAAUAUUAAUGUUCUCUAAUCUACCAAUGAAGAUAAUAUCAAUACAGCUCAAAUAGUUACUAAAAAGUAAGAUCCAAUCAUUUAAUAAUUGUAAAUGCAAUUACAAAAAUAGGAAGAUGAAAGUUAAAUUCUGAAAGAUAAAUUAAAGAAUAGUUUUAAAGAAAUCGAAUUAGCAAAAGAUCUAAAUUCAAAUAUGAUAUAAUCAUAAGAUAAAAAAGAGACUUCUUUAGUCUAAUAACAAAUAAAGUUAAGAGAAAUGGAUCUAGGUUUUGAAAAUAUAAAAGAGCAAUAUGAUGUUAUAAAUUAAAAAAAAUUAAAAUAAGCAGAAUCAAAUUUAAUUGGAUUUUAUAAUAAUUAAAGAUAACUUGAAAGUUAUAAAUCAUCUAUGAGAAGAGAGGAAUUAAGUAUUGAUUAUCUACAAAAAAUAAGAAAAUUAUCAAAAACAAUAGAAUUAUUAUAAAACAAAAAAGAUUCAUUAAUGAAUUAAUGUGAGAAUUUAAAAUAUCAAAUUUCUAUAAAAUAAACAUCAAUGAAUGAAAAACUAGCAAAAGCCUCAGUAACUAAAUAAAAGGUAAUCUUUAAUUUUAAUCUAGAUUUAAAUGAUUAAAUAAUUGUUAUGUAUUCAAUGCAAACAAGCAGAAAGGAAUGUUAUUUAGUUUCCAUGUUAACACUUCCUAUUUUGUGAGACAUGUUUUUUAACAAAAAUAUCUACUAAUAAUUUUUCAUGUCCUCUCUUUGAAGUUUAAGAAUGUCAAGCUGAAUAACUAUAACCAAAGUAUAAAACUGUCAAUAUAAUAUCCCUCUGA